GGCUGAAGUGGUAACCAUGGUAACAGACCGUGUGAGCGAGUACCCUGCCCUGCCCACGCGGUUACAGCAACACCUGGACGUCCAGCGCAGGGCGGGGCAGUUCUGUGAUGUCACACUGUCGGUACAGGACGCAAAGUUCAACCUACACAGAUGCGUGCUGUCUGCUUUCUCCCCUCAUCUGACGGGGAUGCUGAACUCAGCUGGGUCACAAGGGGGAGCUGCUAGUAGUGGUACAGCCCGGGCCACACAGCUUGACCUUCCAGAGCUGACCCGGGAGGGUGUGACCCCAGUCAUCAAUUUCAUGUACACGUCGAAGCUCGUCCUCACCAGGGACAACAUCUUCGCCGUUUCAUUGGCCGCUGGCUACUUUCAGAUCCGAGAGCUGAUCCAAGAGUGUCAGCAUUACUUCCAGGAGAUGCAGCAAGGUCAGGGUCAAGGUCAUCAAGGUCAGUCCCAUCCAGGGGGGAGGGUACACGCAGAUCCAGGAAUGAGAGACCUGCGGGGGCAAUUUCAAACCGUUUCAGGAUCAAGAACGACAUCACAGCAGCAUCACACUGUCCUGGGAACAAGGGUGUCACCAGAGCAGAAUCAGACUGCUCUGGGAACAAGGGUGUCGCCAGAGCAGCAACAAACUGCUCUGGGAACAAGAAUUUUAUCACUGCAGCAUCACACUACCCUAGGAACAAGGAUGCCUUCAGAGCAGCACCAUAAUACCCUGGGAACAAGGAUGCAGCAGUCAGAACAGCAUCAGACUACCGUGGGAACAAGAAGUUCCUCUGGUAGCAUGGAAGUGUUGUCUUUAGACUCGUCCCCGGGUUUACAGUCGCCCACUUCUACCUCACAGCAGAUUUACUCAUCAGAAACAGGGAGGAAUGAUCAUCCAGGAGCAACAGGAAAUCAUAGGUCUGAAGCCACUUUGACCACUCCUGCUAAUGAAGAGACCACAACACACCCUGCGAACUUUCCUACCGCAGAUUUCAGUAGUAGAGUAGAAAGUAGUGACGAGUUUUCCAGUGAAGCUACUGUCCAUCAGACAAACAUGAACUCAGAAGCAAUCGUUGUGAAACAAGAACCUGCGGGAAACCCAUGGGUGGACUUUUCGGAAGGUGUAAGAAAUAACCAGCAAGAAAUGGACAGUUAUGAUAUGUGGAGCGGAGGGAACCCUGUAUUAGACGAUUUAGACAAGCCGUUUCAGUGUAUGUUCUGUCCAAAACGUCUGCGUACAAAGUCGUUACUCGCGAGUCACGUCAGGCGACACACGGGUGAGCGCCCUCACGCCUGUCCACUGUGCUUCACCAAGUUCCCCGAGAAGUGGAGGCUGACGAAACACAUGCGAGUUCACACGGGGGAGAAACCGUACAAGUGUACGCAGUGUCCCGCUACGUUCGCGGACGCGUCCAAUCGCAACAAGCACCGGAAACGGAUGCACGGUACGAGAGGUUCAAACGCUGCAUACAGCACUCCCGAGAAAGAUUAUCCCGUAAACCAUACAGAACAGAUUGGUAUGCGAGCAAACCAAUUGUUCAGCGUUCCCAACAACGAUGAAACUGCGGACUUACAUGUAGGUACACAGGAGAAUUGUGUGGAAUGAACAUCACUUUGUUCAUCUCUGAGUGUAAUAGAAUAUUUGAAAGUCUACAGUGUUAAUAAUUUAAAUCCACGGCUGAGGGCUAAUUGCAGAACCAUAUAUUACAUGUAACGUUAUGUGUAGUACAUGUAGUUAAUUAGUACAUAUACCAGUAGAAUAGAGGGUGAAGUGGAAUACACCAGACUUGUAUUAUGUAAUAUCCACCCAAGAAAACGUGUCUCAAUGCAAAAUGUGUCAGAAGUUGAGAAAAUUUUGUGUCCGUAAACAAAAAAUUGUCAAUUCAGAGUCCAGUAUUUGAAUUUUUUAAAGCGACACAGGUGGCACACGCAUAACACAUUUGAAUUAUUCUGUGGAACUUUUGGAAGCAUGUGUGAUAACCAUUAGAACCUUAUGUGAUACAGGUAGUUAUCACAUGGGCUGGAACACCUGUAUCAGACUUUAUCAGGGCCCAGGUAUAAUGUAAAGUGUGGUUGAAAAUACUUUCUUUAAGUUACAUCAAACCUUACAACAAGUAAGUUUAAUGUCAUAGAUGAGUGCAACUCCAAACAUGUCUCCUGAAACAUUUUUAUUACACAUUUGCAUAGGACAAUUGUUCUUUUCAGUGUUUCUCCUUCAAGCUGAAUCCAUCAGCAAAUCACAUACAUCAUAUAAUAUCUUCUAUUUGUUUUGUCACAUGCUCUAUUACCAUAGAUGAAAGCUAUAUGACAAAAAAAUAUUGUACAAUGUAUCAUGACGUUACCACACCCGUAUACUAAACAAUCGUCCUACCAAAUGUUGCACAUUCAAAAAAAAAAA